AUGUUAAAAUCAUUAGUGUAUCAAAUGAUCAUUAAAUUUAUUUUAUUACAUUUCUUUUAUAUGAAUUAUUGUCAAUCUGAUCAAUUAUCGGAAAAAAUCAUUGUUCAACAAUUAUUGAAAAAUUAUGAACCAGCAAGUCGACCAGUAAAAUUAGGCAAUGAAACAUUAAUUGCAUCAAUUUGUAUAAUUUUACAACAAAUCGUUGAUUUAGAUGAAAAAAAUCAAAUUCUACUCAGUUCUUUAUUAAUUCAAUUGAAAUGGAUUGAUCAAACUAUUAAAUCUAGAAUGUUACAACUCUAUAAUUUAUAUCAUCAUCAUCAUCAUCAUCAUCAUCAUCAAAAUAAUCAGCAAACAAAUGAAUUUAAAAAUCAUUUUAAAAGUUUUGUACUCCCAUCAUCACGUGUAUGGACACCGGAUUUAUAUGUGUAUAAUAAUGCAGAUGAUGGAAAGAAUGGUUUAUUGGAUGUAUCACAAAGUCGAGUUCAAGUUAGUCAGAAAGGUGAAGUCACUUGGAAUUUACCAGUUAGUAUACGUAGUUCAUGUAAUGUUGAUGUUCUGUAUUUUCCAUUUGAUCAUCAAUUAUGUAAUAUACAAUUAGCAUCAUGGACCUACGAUCAAAGUCAAUUACAAUUAAAUAUUAUACCGAUCAAUACAACUUUCAUGUUAAAUGAAUUGAUUGAAAAUGUCGAAUUAUCUGUUUUAGAAUUGAAAAUAUUUCAAGAUUAUCGUAUUACUGUUGGUGGACAAAAUAUUACACAAAUUAACUUGAAAAUACAUAUUUCCAGACGUGCUAUAUUCUAUACUUAUACAGUGAUUGCACCAAGUAUAUUACUCUGUGUACUAACAGUAUUCAGUUUUUGGUUGCCAAGUGGAAAUGUAAAAAAAAUCGAUAUGGGAUUGACAGUAUUCCUAUUCUUAUACUUUUUACAGGUAAUGGUUGCAGAGAAUACACCUGAAUCAAAUUCCACACCAUUAAUUGGUACUUUUCUUACAAUGGUUAUGACAUUGAAUUCAAUAUCAUUAUUAUUUGCUACAAUAGUCUUACAUAUACAUAUACGUAGUAAAACUGAACCAUGUCCAACACCUCAUCCAUUAUUAUGGCGUCUUGUAACCAAUAUACUUGGUUAUUUAACAAUGAUACCAUAUAGUAGAAUAAAACAAACUAAUUUCAAUGAUCAUAAUAAUUAUGACAAUCAAAACUACAAUGAUCAUUUCAAUAUUUCAAUGAAAACUACUGCAAAUUAUAAUAACAUGCCUAAAUUAAAUCAAAAAUACAUCAUGAUACAACAUAAAGAAAGUACUUCUCAUGUAAAUAGCAUAUUAUAUAACAAUAAUAAUAAUAAUAAUAAUAAUAAUAAUAAUAAUAAUAUUGUUACUAAUAGUAAUGAUGAACAAAUGAAUGAUUACAAUCAAACAUUGGCUAUAAAUGAAAAAUAUUCCAAAGAAUUGAAUAUUGCACGUUGGUUAUAUAUUGCUCGGGUAGUAGAUAGAUUAUUAUUUCAAGUUUAUUUAAUGACAACAUUAAUAUCGAUUUUUGUAUUCCUUAUAUAUUUACCGAAUUCUUAUGAUAUUAAAUUGUAA